AUGGACAUGGCGUUGCCUGCGGUGAUGCUCACCCGGAACGACGACCAGCACGAUGUUGAUGUCGGCUCGCUUAUUGAGGGUGCGCUCUCACGCGCCCCGGUGCUAACCCGCCUCAGGGACUUCCAAUGGCGGGGCGUGCGUCGCGCUUUGGAACUUAAAGGCCGCUGCCUCCUCGCUGACGAGAUGGGCUGCGGAAAAACCCCGCAGGCCUUGGCGGUCCUGGCGGCGUACAACAUUUGGCCCGCCUUGGUGGUUUGCCCCGCAUGCUUGCGGCUGACAUGGGCCGAAGAAAUCGAGAAAUGGCUGCCAGGUCUACUGCAGCCACGGCACAUCCACAUCAUGUACAGCUCGAACGACAUGCUGGGCCCGGAGUUCAAAAGCGAGCUGCGUGUGUGCAUCGUGUCCUACACCAUGGCACGCCUCCUUUUCCAAAAUCUGAGAAGGCGGUCUUGGAGAGUAGCAGUGGUGGACGAGUCGCACAACCUGCGGAGCAGAGGAUCUACCAUUUCGGCGGCCACAUCGGCAAUUCUGGAGUUGCUGCGGCCGCUGGAUCGACUGUUGCUGCUUUCUGGCACCCCCUCCCGGUCCAGCUUCUUGGACAUCUUCACACAAGCCGACCUGCUGUGUCCUGGUUUGCUCGGAGACUUUGAAGUGUUUGCCAAAGAUUACGACGAGCCAGGACUCUCGAAGAUGGGAUACCUGGACCGAGGGAAGCGUUGCCGUAGACCCUGGCAGCUGGGUUUGCUGAUGGUGGAGAAUUUGAUGGUGCGGCGACGGAAAAAGGAGGUCUUGGAGGACUUGCCUCCCAAGCGCCGGCGCGUGAUGCGUUUGGCUUUGUCAAAGCAGCACAUUGGCUAUCUGUCCGAGGCAGAGCUUGAAGCCAAAACUUUGCAGGAGCGUUGCGGGCUCUUGAAGUUGGUGGCCUCCCAGUCUUGGCUCCGUGAGAAGCUGGAGCAGUGCGUUGGAAUGGGUCAAAAGGUUGUCCUUUUCGCCCAUCAUCUGCGGGUGCUCGACCGGAUUUGCAGCCUCGCCCAAGGCAUAGGCUGCAGCUUCUUCCGAAUCGAUGGCUCCACUCCCGCGGUAACGCGGCAGGCGCUCCUGGCUCGGUUCCAGACGGCGUCUACGUCUCCUCUUCUGGCGGUGAUCGGGAUCACGGCCUGCGCCGUGGGCGUCGACUUGUCGAAGGCCAGCUUCUGCGUCUUCCUGGAGCUGCCGCCCGAUGCAGCUUGGCUAUGCCAAGCUGAGGAUCGGCUGCACCGCCGUGGCCAACGACAGGCGGUGGACGUGCUGAUGCUGUGCGCUGACCGCGAAGAACAGACUCCCAAGCGAGCCAAGCGCAAUGAGUCCGCUCGGAAAGCCGGCAAGGAUUGGGAAGGCGACGUGGCCCAGUGCUGCCAGGUGGAUCGCCAGCGAUGGCUCGGGCUCUCGGGGCGGCUCCGCGAAGUGGCUGCUCUCCAUGACGGCCCCGCAAUGAUGCUGGGCUCCGCUGCGCAUUCAUCCAUGGCUGCGCUCGACGGCGAUCCGGCAGACAGCGAAAGCGAAAGUCCGCAGUUCGCCUUCGAGAUGUCGCCUCACACGCUGCGGCUGCACCCCUUCCGUCACGACACCGGCCGGCCCUUGGCGAUGAGCUUGCGACCGGAAGAGGGCUCAGAGGAUCAAGAGCUCUUCCGCGAGCUCUCACUUAGAGAGUCAGAGCGCUUGUUGCAGCAAGCGUGGGAUUUUCAGAAAGCUUGGAAGUCUUUAACACCUCUCCAGCAGAAGAUGGCACGGGGCAGGCCAUAUCGGGCAGAGGAUUUGCAGGCCGAGCACUUCCAAGUCAGGCCGAUCGCCGCGCUUUCCACCCGCCGCUUCUUGCAUCCACACCCAGCGGGAGAAGAGGAGCAGUGUGAGGUCUUUGUGCACUACGAGACAGGCCGCCUCAGCGGACAGACGGUUCGCUUCCUGCAGCCGACCUCUUCCUCCCUCGGCCUCGGGACCCCUGUCCUUCUAUGCAUGGAGUGCCGUCUGCCGCUACCCAUGUCCUUGGAGCUUGCAGAAAGCUGGAGCGGGGAAGGUACAUCUUUACGUGUGCACAGAAAGAGCGAGAGCGGCGAAGGUGAGAUGUUUUGUGGCGGACCGUGUCGAGCAAGGUAUUUCGGAAAGAGGAGUGGCGCGAGCCUGCGCCGCCAGCUUUUCGAGUUGGAGCGCGGCGUUUGCCAGCGCUGUGGCCUGGACUGCCACGGCUUGUGGCAGAACCUGAAAAGCUCAAACAGCAGUUGGCUCGAGGAGCUUCAAAAGCAGAACAGGAUGGCAGCGGAGAGCAAAUCAGCACAGUCAGCGGCCAUGCACACAUUGCUCUCGUACUUGACGCGCUUUGACAGCGAGUCCCCAGACGAUUUCAACCUGACAGAGGGAUCUUUGUGGCAGGCCGAUCACAUUUUGCCUGUUUGGCAAGGAGGUGGCGCGUGUGGCCUCGAGAAUCUGCAAACUCUUUGCGCCUCUUGCCACAACUUGAAGACCAGCGAAGAGACCAAGCAGCGAGCGGCCAAGGCGAGGGCGGCGAGGGCCCGAGCGGCAGGAUCGCGAUGGCCUGCCGGACGGCUCCGGUCUGGAAGUUCUUCGGGAUUCUGGGCUGUGGCUUUGAAGGGAAAGCAGGACCUUAGCAAGGACUCACCAGAGCUGACCAAAAAAUUGGCGACUUGUACGCGGCACAGGCGGGAGGCAGCUCGCAGAUGCGAAUGCUGGGCGGUUCCGCGGCUCUCGCUUUUCUGUGUGGUGGACUUUCGAGCAAAAUCACGUUCUUUUGAGUCCCGCAUAGGCUGUGUCUCGCGUGGUCUUCUCGCCGUUGUCCGAGCCGCUGUCCGAAAUCGUACUCUAGUCGUGCUCCUGUCACAGCCCCGCGAGUGCUUUGGCUUCGUCUUUGGCCAUGAGCGAGAGCGCCGCGAACUCCAAGCCGACGCACUGGGAGCUCCGAAGUUGAAAGCCUUCUCUUCUAUUUCACUGACAUCUAUGAUGUUCUACCGAGGUGCAGAGUUUGUCCGGGAUUCCAGGGUGGGCUCCUCUUCUGGCCCCAUUCUCAGACAUGACGUGCAAGACGUGCGGCACCGGCCCGGUGCCUUCGCUGCGGCUGCCGCGAGCCCGGCCGUUGGAGCGCGGAGCGCAGCUCUGCGGAUCCUUUCGCUGAAAGGUACGGAGCUGGAGGCCAUGCCCGUGCUUACCUCGGUAGCCCCUAGCUGGACCAUCAGCGAAGCUGCAUUGUUCGUGCUUACCGAUGGCAUCUUCGACCCUCAGGAUCGUGUACCUCAUCGACCGGCCCAUGGAGAGGGCGAGUUGAUCUCCGUGCUCGCUCCGACCAGCUUUGUACGUCAUGGCUUCCACCCUCUACUCUACGAGUGUUUCCGACACCAGGACUACGAACCCAAGCAGCUGGCCGGGCUGCAGUCUGCUUGCCUUAAGCGGGGGCCCGGCGGGUGGGGAACGCCAGCACAAGCUCUCACAGACCCUUCAGCUGCCUGCUCAGGCGAGGACGAGCGCGUGGUGUACCGGCACUACCAGGUCGCCGACUCGCGCAUGGACAUGCCAGAAGGCAAACCUGUCACCUUCAGCAUCGGCGACCAGAAUGUUUGGACAGAGUCCGGCUCGGAGGCAUCUGCAUCGUGGUCUUUGGGUCUCAAGCGGAAUGUGGCUAUCCAGCUCGCUCAAGGCGAGAUCUUGGCCCAUUUCGAUGAUGACGAUCUUUAUGCCAGCGGCUACCUCACGUGGAUGAAGCAGCGCCUGGACAAGACCUUGGACAAGGCACGAAGAGAGAACGAGACGAAGGAGAGGGAGGAGAAAGAGAAGCAGCCGCCCCUGCACAAAGAGUCCAGGCUCAUCCCCGUGGCCAUAACCCUUCGAGAGUGGCAUUUGCUGGAUUUGUCUGAUAUGACCUUCGGGUUCAUGGACGUGGAAAGGGACCCAUUGAUCCCUCGAGAGCAAAGACAUGGCUGGCUAUACGGCUGGGGCUUCUCUUACAUGUUCACAAGAGCAUGUUGGGAGCUCGCGCCGGUGCCUGACGUGGAGUGGUCCGAGGACAUCAGCUUUUACGAGGAGUUGCGGCGUUUGCAGGUCCCAGUGGUACCAGUCCCACUACCUCCGGGCCAUAAGGCUGUGUGUGCGCACAGCUACCACGCCAAGGUGAACACCAGCGGUGGAGAGUUCUCGGGCGCGCUGCGCUGUGGCGAGCCGGUGCCAGAGCCCCCUAAAGCCUUUAAGGAACUGCUUCCGUUUGCCAAAGUGGCCACAGAAUCGGCAUUGCAACGGAGGUCAGCAGAUCUUGCCACAGGAGAGAAGCAAGGCUUUCGAGUCAGUCUCUCUGAAAAGAAGGAGUUUCUGCAGUGCCGAGGGCAGGCCUGGUUCGCGUACCAACAGCAGAGUGCUGAACGCAAAGGCACCAUGAGGGGUCAGGCAAAGUCUAUCGCAACGUGGCCUACAUCGCCGACAUUGCCUUCGUGA